UAGCGUUAUAAAAAAAAGAUUGCUCACCGAGCUGUUGGUCAGCGACCGAGGAAAUCAGACCGUAUCAAAACAGCAGCUGCUUAACCAAAACUAGCUCUCAAAAACUCUUAAAUUAGUCGGUAUUCUGCCUUCUGUACACUACAGUUUUCAGCGAUUAGCUUCGCAGAAGAAUAGCCCAUGUGAAUUUACAAUCCCAAUGCUGUGUUUUAAUGUCGGUCAUCACUGGCUUUCGAAAUAAAUGGUCAUUUCAUCAGCGAGAAAGGCUAAAAAUAAAAAAUAUACUGUAACUUGCACAGAAAGAAAAGUUACCGUAUACUUUUGCACAGAUCCAUACGGCUAUCGGUGCCUCUAGACCAAUAUUGGACAAAAUGAGUUUAUUCCUUAGUCAAAUUACCUUACAUGUUCUAUUUAAAGGGCGAAUUGGCUCUGAAAGCCAACACAGACAAAUAUUACAUCUAAAUGUGAAUUGAAUCUCAAUUGCGGUACUGUUUUACAAACACAAAUCCCUCUACUUUCAUCACAAUUUCACAAAUAAAAUAAACACUUACUGCACACUGUUUUUAACACCAGUUGCAGUAAAGUAUAUUUCAGUGACUACACCUCGCGUCUUUCAUCUGUUUACACAGGUGUUUGGAGAUGCAGAUUGCGAGAGCGCAAGUAGUCCACUCUUGUCUGUUUUCUUUAAACACGCGCUGUGACAUGGAACAAUGGCAGUGUGGGAACACUAACCUUAUUAAUAAGUAUUGUAAAGACCCCACUCAACAAUGUCUUGGCACAACGAAGGAGCAAGAGUUACAGGCGAUCCAUGCGAAGCUGCGUUGAAGCAAAUAAUCUGGGAUACACAUCAGGCCAUCUGACAGCUCUAAGAAUACCAAGAAGUAGAAGAACUCCAAAAUCACGUGAUAUCACAAAACAGGUUGACCCAGACCAAGUGGCACUCCUGGUUACGAAAGAAUGGGAGCUGUCGUACGUCACACCUUUGUACCAGUUCAGACACACUCAGUUGAAAUCCUAUUCAAAGCAUCUAUCAGCUUUCAUUGUAUCAGAGAAGCAACAGGGCCUGGCGAUUGAAGUUGGCCAGGAAUUGGGCUUCAAGGUCAAUUUCUCGGUGGUCCUUGGGUUGGCAGAGACGGAUGAAGAUGCUGAGACGGUUUUCAUACAGAUUCUCUCCAGACAAGCGUUUGCUGCAAAAGAUGAUGCUCAGAAGGUUGUGUGGAGUGGCUGGCUGACCUGCGUCAACGGUGACUUAGAGUAUCUACGAUCGCUACCAUCAGAAUUUGUCAGUUUGCCUUUGCUCUGUACCAGGGGACCAGGGUCUCUCACAGUUUUGGUCAAAUCCUGGUUUGAAAAGACAUUUGACUGUUGCUUUGGCCCUCUUGGUAUCAACUCUGCCAACCUCCAGUGGCUCGCAGCUCUGUGGAUUGGGUGCCACCCCACCAUCAACAUCCAAUACCUGAAACUGGUUUGGACCCUUCCAACACUACCCCCUAUGGAUGUUAAGUACACCAUCCACCCACAAGAUGCCUGGGAGCUUUGGGACAGUGUGCGGCAGGAUGACACAACAGAUGUCAGCAUCGAGGAGGUCACCAGGUUCAUCAAAGGGCUGCAGUCACACUUCUUCAGGCACUUCAGGAUAGAAUUGUCCGCUGGGUCACUGAUGCAGGUCUCCACGGCUUUGGGUUCUUCUCACCAUAGUGGAAAAAUCAAGAUUGCAAGCCCUACCUACAUCACCACCAUCCUGCAGCUGCUGACAGAAUGUGCCCUCCUGAAGAUGCCCAUCUAAUCAACAUUUGCAUGUAAACCUCACAAUUACUGUCCAUAUGAAAUUAAACUGUUUGACAUUUAUAUUCCUGUAAAUAGCAUAAGUACCUGUAUUGUAUGAAAAGGCAAGUGCAUACAUUACAAAAUAACAAUUCCUGCUGCAUCUUUUCUCUAUAGAUAUUAUUCAUUACAAGCUAAAAGUGUAGACAUAAUUGUGCUACCGGGGGUGAUUUGUGGCCAAUAUACCAUGGCUAAGGGCUGUUCUUAGGCGCAGUGCAGAGUGCCUGGAUACAGCCCGUAGCCGUGGUAUAUUGCCAAUAUACCACAUACACCUGAGGUACCUUAUUGCUAUUAUAAACUGAGUACCAAUGUAAUUAGACCAGUAAAAAUAAAUGUUUUGUCAUAACUGUGGUAUAAAGUCUGAUAUACCAUGGCUUUCAGCAUUCAUGGCACAAACCACCCAGUUUAUAAUUUAUUAUAUAAUCAGGUUUGAGACAUGGUAAAUCCAUUGCCAUUAAGUAACUUGGGCAGAAGUUCUCCUAUAUAUAUAUAUAUACACACACACACUCCUUUCCAGAUAUACAGUACAGUGAAUCAAGUGGCUAAGUGAAAACUAACAAAGCCUAGUUUCCCAGAGAACUAGCCUUGUAAUUCCUGUGCAGUGAUUUCCUAAAUGGUUCAAAUACAGAUUGUUUUUUGAGCUUAUUAAAGUUGGAAAUAAAAAAUGUUUUUAUUAACAGAAUGGGUUAUUUUGUCAGUACACAGACAAAUCCAAAACAGUUAAUAUGGGUAAAAUGCCACGUGUUUUAUCAAGGCUUAUAGCUCAUAAAGAGAUCUCAGACCUUCAGCAGAAAUUAAGCAUCCCUCAUCUUUCUUCCUAAACAUUUUCCCCCAAAACGCUUCCAUACUUAUGCGUGAAUGAGGGACAUUCAUUUCAGAAGGUAGCAAUUUCUCUACCACUGAAUGACCGAUAAAGGCUAAUAAUGACUUGUGAGCAGAUGACACAUUUGGGUGAUAUACAUACGCAUAGAGUUUCAGCAGAACACAUGAUGAAAUAUGUUUAUGCUCAAUGGUAACAUGGGAUUUAUAUAGACAUUAAAAUGCUUAAGAGUAUCACGGCAAAGCUGGUGGGUUUUAGUGCCUUAGCCCCUUUUAAAACAGGCUUUGGGUUUUUGCAUUGGAUUAGUCUAUUUCUUCUGCGAUUAACAGCGGCUGAGCUGGAGCUGUGUUUGUGAGACAAGACAGUUCUCACAAAAAUGUCUAAAGUCUGAACGGUUUGACUACAAACGUAUGACUCCACUAUGAAACUCUUGAGAUACCUACAAACAUGCACUGUUUUGCUCACAAGCCAAAAGAGUCGUUAGAAGGUAAAGGCUCUUCUACAUUGAUUGGACAUCCCAGAACAUAGUGUCUAUAAUACUGUGAUAAGCUCACAGUUGCUGCCACAAAUCCCACACAGCUGUCACUGAAUAGUUGGAUAUUUAUUUCCAACUGAGAAAACCAUUUCUAUACUUACAGCAAUUUUAUAAAUUCCUUUUCUAUAAGGUUCUUGCUUGCUGAACCUUGUUUUCAUUGACAUUUGUGAAUAAAACUCAUAAAUGCAA